AUGAAUCACAGCCCACCUCCUCCCACUGUGGAUCACAGCCCACCUCCUCCCACUACGGAUCACAGCCCACCUCCUCCCACUGUGGAUCACAGCCCACCUCCUCCCACUGUGGAUCACAGCCCACCUCCUCCCACUAUGAAUCACAGCCCACCUCCUCCCACUAUGAAUCACAGCCCACCUCCUCCCACCUAUUCCCACUAUGAAUCACAGCCCACCUCCUCCCACUGUGGAUCACAGCCCACCUCCUCCCACUACGGAUCACAGCCCACCUCCUCCCACUGUGGAUCACAGCCCACCUCCUCCCACUAUGAAUCACAGCCCACCUCCUCCCACUAUGGAUCACAGCCCACCUCCUCCCACUAUGAAUCACAGCCCACCUCCUCCCACUAUGAAUCACAGCCCACCUCCUCCCACUGUGGAUCACAGCCCACCUCCUCCCACUGUGGAUCACAGCCCACCUCCUCCCACUGUGGAUCACAGCCCACCUCCUCCCACUAUGGAUCACAGCCCACCUCCUCCCACUAUGGAUCACAGCCCACCUCCACCCACUAUGGAUCACAGCCCACUGCCUCCCACUAUGAAUCACAGCCCACUGCUUCCCACUAUGAAUCACAGCCCACCUCCUCCCACUGUGGAUCACAGCCCACCUCCUCCCACUGUGGAUCACAGCCCACCUCCUCCCACUACGGAUCACAGCCCACCUCCUCCCACUAUGAAUCACAGCCCACCUCCUCCCACUAUGGAUCACAGCCCAUCUCCUCCCACUAUGAAUCAAAGCCCACCUCCUCCCACUAUGAAUCACAGCCCACCUCCUCCCACUGUGGAUCACAGCCCACCUCCUCCCACUGUGGAUCACAGCCCACCUCCUCCCACUGUGGAUCACAGCCCACCUCCUCCCACUAUGGAUCACAGCCCACCUCCUCCCACUAUGGAUCACAGCCCACCUCCUCCCACUAUGAAUCACAGCCCACCUCCUCCCACUAUGAAUCACAGCCCACCUCCUCCCACUGUGGAUCACACCCACCUCCUCCCACCUAUUCCCACUAUGAAUCACAGCCCACCUCCUCCCACUGUGGAUCACAGCCCACCUCCUCCCACUACGGAUCACAGCCCACCUCCUCCCACUGUGGAUCACAGCCCACCUCCUCCCACUAUGAAUCACAGCCCACCUCCUCCCACUAUGGAUCACAGCCCACCUCCUCCCACUAUGAAUCACAGCCCACCUCCUCCCACUAUGAAUCACAGCCCACCUCCUCCCACUGUGGAUCACAGCCCACCUCCUCCCACUGUGGAUCACAGCCCACCUCCUCCCACUGUGGAUCACAGCCCACCUCCUCCCACUAUGGAUCACAGCCCACCUCCUCCCACUAUGGAUCACAGCCCACCUCCACCCACUAUGGAUCACAGCCCACUGCCUCCCACUAUGAAUCACAGCCCACUGCUUCCCACUAUGAAUCACAGCCCACCUCCUCCCACUGUGGAUCACAGCCCACCUCCUCCCACUGUGGAUCACAGCCCACCUCCUCCCACUACGGAUCACAGCCCACCUCCUCCCACUAUGAAUCACAGCCCACCUCCUCCCACUAUGGAUCACAGCCCAUCUCCUCCCACUAUGAAUCACAGCCCACCUCCUCCCACUAUGAAUCACAGCCCACCUCCUCCCACUGUGGAUCACAGCCCACCUCCUCCCACUGUGGAUCACAGCCCACCUCCUCCCACUGUGGAUCACAGCCCACCUCCUCCCACUAUGGAUCACAGCCCACCUCCUCCCACUAUGGAUCACAGCCCACCUCCUCCCACUAUGAAUCACAGCCCACCUCCUCCCACUAUGAAUCACAGCCCACCUCCUCCCACUGUGGAUCACAGCCCACCUCCUCCCACUAUGAAUCACAGCCCACCUCCUCCCACUAUGAAUCACAGCCCACCUCCUCCCACCUAUUCCCACUAUGA